AUGAAACACUUGGGAUGCUGGAUGUUGUGCGUGGCGCUGUGGGUGCGCUCGGUCUCCACCGGUGUGCUCGUGAGCAGGAAGCGCGGGUCCGUUAAAGGACCCUAUCCGCUCUACAUGAUGCACCUUUACAGGACUUUACUAGCUGGUGACGGAAAGACAUUAGCGGGGACUUCAGGAGCGGGGAUCGGAUACGAACAGCCAUCUCUGCACCACUCCGACUCGGUGCUCAGCCUCGUAGCCAAAAGUUGCUACCAGAUGGGUGACAAGUGGGCCGUCACGUUUGACAUGUCCUCCAUCUCAGCGAGCGACGAUGUGCAGCGCUCAGAGCUGCGCCUUCGCCUCCCAGACUUCUCCACCACUGAGAACCCUGUGGUGGACAUCUACCACGCUCCCAAAGGCACAGAGGAGCGUCUUUACCUGGGUCGCAUCGACAUCGUGUCGAGCAUGUCUCCAUCCUCACACUCCUCUUGGAGAGUCCUUAAUAUCACCCAGCUGCUGAAGUACUGGCUGCACCAGGGUGGACUGCCUCCCACCCAGGUUCACUGGGAUGAAGGAGCACCCCAAGACCUUGAGCAUCCCAUCCAACAUCCGACAGCCAACAGCAUCAUGAUGGUGGUUUAUUCCAAGCAUGUGAGGACAGAAGCUUUUACACUGAUCCGCACAGCUGAGCACUCAAAGUAUGUGGCUCAGGAUUGGCCGCUCUCUGAGCCAGUGGUACGGAGACACAAACGCAACCACCGGGCACAUAAGAGGGUGAGCGAGGCAGCAGGCGGAAGUGCCAUCCCAGCACUCACAUCGGAUGAGGGUGAAAAGAAAACCCUGUGCAGGAAGGUGGACAUGUGGGUGGACUUUGACAAGAUUGGUUGGAGUGAGUGGAUUAUUUAUCCAAAGAGAUACAAUGCAUACCGCUGUGAAGGAGGCUGCCCUACACCAGUGGAUGAGUCAUUCACUCCGACAAAUCACGCAUACAUGCAGAGCCUGUUAAAGCUGCACCAUCCGGACCGUGUCCCAUGUCCAUCCUGUGUACCUACAAGCCUGGCUCCUCUCUCCAUGCUCUACUAUGAGAACGGGAAGAUGGUGAUGAGGCAUCACGAAGGCAUGGUGGCGGAAGCAUGUGGCUGCCACUGA